UAUUUAAAAUUAUGAAUUUUGUGUUAGCAAAAUUACUCUCUUUCAUUUAUUAAGUAUUCCCAAUUAAAAUCUUGCGCAUCCAUUGUGUUCUACAAAUUCUCUGUGAAACAAAUUUGUAUUAGAAGCAGUGUUGAGAAAAUUAUUUUUUCACUGUGCAAAUUUUUGCUAUUCAAAAAAUUAAUAAUAUGUGAUCGCUUCAUUGUCUAAAAGUGUCAGCUAUUUGCAUUAUAUCAUCGUCGUGCCAAAGUCGAGGUCACCUGAAAUAUAUUUGGAGUAGUGGAGAGAUAGUGCGCGAAGAAUCAAACACUGGAAGUGAUAAGAGCGAGAUGUCGCGUAGAUCUCAUUAUUUUUUAGUUCUGUGAGAUGGCAGACUUCGUUAAAAGAGGUAGCGUGCAGUUCGUUAAACAUGGUAGUUGUCAAUUAAAACUCGCUGCUCAAGAGGUUCGAGCGGCUGUACGGGCGCGACAUAUCGUUGCCGCGUUAGUCGCAGUUGGAUUCGCGCUUUGCGGCGCGGUAGAAGUCAGUUCCUCGGUCGCAUUGCUGGCGAAUCAGAAAGACAAUCAUGCCAUCAUCGAUACGUCUUGGCACUGUGAUAUGCUGGUCAAUAUCACCAGCCGUAAUCGCACCGAGGACUUCGAAAUUAUAUUUAUGGAGCUGCCGCAGGAGGAGCGAGCGGAAUCGAACAUGCGCGAGGCGUUCUUAUGGGGACAGGUCGCCGGUCCGAUUCUCGGAGGUUGCUUGGUAUGGGGUCGCUCCGGGCCCUCCAUGGUGUUCUCACGCGCGGUCCUCAGUGCCUGUUUAGUGUCUCUGUUAAUUCCCGCCGCCUGGCGCGGACCGUCGCACGUUGCGCUUCGUUUAGUUCAAGGAUUAUGCACCGGCGCAACCAUGCCUGCUGCUCACAUGCUAGCUAUGACGUGGUUUAAAAGUCAUCACAGAAGCUGGUUCUUCAGUUGUUAUGCGGCUGUUAGCGUAGGUUAUUGCCUCACCGGAUGGCUGGGCACCGCGGUGGUGCGAAUGUUUGGCCGCGAUUCUUUGUGCUACGGUCUGGUUCUUCUGGCACUGUGCUGGUAUUUCGCCUUCGGUCGAUUCGUCAAGGAUUCACCGAGGUCUUAUCAACACGAUACAAACGCGGCUGUGAUACCAUGGGGAAAGCUACUGAGAUCUGUACCCGUCUGGGCGUCCGCGGUGGCGACUAUGGGUAAUCAAUGGGGCGACGCGACUCUCGCUCUUGGCAUGACGAAGUACCUGAAGCUCAUAUAUGGUUUCUCUACAGCUAACGACUCGGUUCUGACCACGUUACCUCACAUCGGUCACUUCAUGGCUGCGCUGACCUGCGGUCUACUGGUGGAUCACGUUCGCGAGUCUAAAAUAGUAUCCACGACCACGGCGAGAAAGUUAGUCGUCUACACAGCGCACUUCAUCCCCGCGGCUCUCCUUUUCGUCGCCGGUUACGCCGGAUGUCAGGCCCUGGGCGCCGCUUGGCUGGGGAUAGCCGCCCUCCUCGUUUCCGGUACCGCACCGGCUGGUGCACUCGCGGCCAUAGCGGAUCUCGCACCUGCGGAAUCGCCGGCGUGCGCCGCGGCCGCGUGCGCUCUCUGCUCCACGUUGGGCGCCGCCGGAUUGCUGGCCGCCAAUUACUUCGUCACCCAGGCUCUUCACGGCUCCAUCGCUGGCUCUUGGCGAUUGGUAUUUGGCGUCGCAUCCGUCGUCUUGUUAACGACCGCUGCGGUUUUUCUCGCGCUCGGCAAAGGCGUUCCGCAACCGUGGAUCCCAUCGGUGCCGAGACCGCGAAGUCACGACGCAAUCUACGAGCAGGACGCCCUCGAGCUCGAUCACGAAGACGUGGGCGUGCAGACCGAGCCUUACGGGCCCUACGCGCUGGAGGAUGACGUCGAGAGUCUAAAGAACGUUCCUCGCUCCGCGUCUAUUCAUUCCAAGAUCUCGGUGACCUCUAAUUGAAUUAGAUGCGAUCGUCCGCGUAGAAAUUCUCUUCGCCAUUUUUUUGCGCGCCUCUUCAUCUUACGCCAAAGAUUUCGUUUUGUCGCUUCGCAUUCUUUUUUUCUAUCGCGAUAGAGAAAAUUGUACAAUAAACGAGAAUUAAUGUAUAUAAGGAUUUAAGAGUAAGAAUAUUAUAUAUUUAUACGAUUAAAACACAUUGUGUCCUCGAAGAAUAAGAUAAUAAAAAGAGAUCUAUCCCAAA